GCGGAGUAAUUUUGUAAUAUGCAUAUCAAUGAUGCGUAAGUACUCUGAAAUAGUCAUACCAAGACGUGAAGGGAACAGUUGCCAAGUUGUCACCGAAAUUGGACAUACUGGAAUAGCUCAACCUCCUGACAAUUCAGUGAAGAUGGAUAAAAUGUGCAAACACUGUUACGUGGAUAAUUCACAUGUUCUUCAACAUUGCAUGUAUGAAACAGAAUCUUCAUCACCAGCAUCUCUCCCAAGUGAUGAUAUUUGGAAGAAGUUUGAGUUGAUUCCAACACCUCCUCGCUCACCAGAAAGAGAAGAACCGUUUGAAAUGGAUUUAAGCUUGGAUUUAGAAGAUAUGAAUUUCCCAUUUGAUGCAAAUUUCUUUGAAAGUGAGGAUUUUAAUCCGAAAGAAACUUUUGCCGAGUCGCCUCCGUCACAAUUGUGCUCUAAAUUAAUUCAGGAUUGUAUGUGGUCUGGAGAUACAUUUUCUUCCAGUGAGCAGAAGGAUAAAACAUCUUCAUCUUUUGACAUGAAAACUGUUGAUCCAAUGGCAGUUUUUCCAUGUUCAGUAACCAACAAUACAAACAAUUCUCACAGCAUUAUGGGCUACUUGAGUGAAACAAAGCUUCACAGUCUUGGCACAGAAACACCUUCAGAUUCAGAAGAAGAAAUUGAUGUUGUCACCGUUGAAAAACUGCAACAGAACUCAACAACUGCUGGACCAACUAUCAACAAGUCAAAUAUUCAGACAAGGAAUAUAAAAACACAAAUUAAAAUUGAAAAGAACAAUGGAGAGAAAGUGGAAAUAAUUCCUUUAAAAACAACAACAUUAAAAAUCCGAGUAGAAACACCAGACUUGCACAAUUAUAGUUUACCACAUUCACAUCAACCUAAACGUGUGCGGUCUUAUCCAGUGUCUCCAUCACAUUCACCAUUACCUCAGAAAAGGACUAAAAAGGAUUUAAGUGUGCCUGACUUCAAACGUGUUUGUCAAAAAUUACGUGCAAGCAAAAGUUCUUCGGACUCAGAAGAGUGUAUAAGUGAAGGUGGAAAACGGACACAACACAAUGUGCUUGAAAGGAAACGAAGAAAUGACUUGAAAUACAGUUUCUUUACAUUACGUGACAGUGUCCCAGAACUUAGUAACCAGGAACGUGCUCCUAAAGUGCUCAUUCUAAAGAAAGCCUCAGACUAUGUACAUUCUUUGAAUGUAGACAACAAAAGACUAGAAAGUGAAAAGGCUACUUUGUUAGCAAAACAGCAGAAAUUGAAACGGACUUUAGAAAUUCUACAGGAUAGUGACUUUUUCUGAAUUUUGUAAAUUUAUAUUCAAUUGAUAGGGCAAGAUUGGGUCAAAACUGAAUAAUAUGUCUAAGGCAGAGUUUAUUAGAGAUUACAUUCUAAAUUCUUUGCCAGUUUUGAUCACUAUAGAUGAUUUUUGCUGCAAAUAGCUUGUUAACAUUAUUAAUCCCCAGUUUGUGUUCAUUAAUAUAUAUCCCAGGAUGUAUUGAAGGGUGUGGCAUUUUUUUCUUGUGCAAAUAUAUACAAUAUUAUCACUGCCAAAGCAGAGCAUUUAUUUUCUUUGUCCAUUAAGAUUUUCAAACUACUUUUUUGUAUCUGACCAAUUAUGUCUAGUAAAAGAUUAACAUAUGGUUUUUUUUGUUAAUUCAUUCUAUGCUCAUGUAAAAAUUGUAUCUUACAAAAGUAACAUGAAGGAAUAUGUUAAUUAAAAUUAAAGUUCAAUAUUUUUCUGUUCUAAGAAGAUAAUUGUGCAGUUUUAUGAAGUUGUUACAGAAAAUGAAGAAAUUCCAUAUGUUAAUGUGUGUUAUGAAGUAGUUGAUAUUUUGUUAGGUUUGAAAAAUAUUUUAACAUUUGUUGAGUCCUUUUUGACUAGAGUUUUUCACAUUUACAUGAACAUGUAUUUGUUUGUAUUAUACAACUGCAAAUAGCAGUACUUGUUUUUUUUUGUUUAAAUGGCUUCAGAAUGAAAUAUUUUAAUUUAAAAUUCAUUUUAUUUCUUUGACUGAUUAAAGUAUUUCAUGAGACUUUGUAAUUUUGGUAAAACUUCAAUAAUUUUAAAAAGAAUUGAGAUGUAAUUGUGGCCAUUGUUUUAAUUGAGGAAAUACAAAACCUUUGAGAUACAUGGAUUUCAGCUAAAUGUGUGGCUUUAUUUAAUUGGCUUCAGUUGUGACAAUAAAAGAUUUGCAAACUUUAAAAUCCUAUUGACAGUCCUUAAAAUCAGCUAUUGAGCUAAGAUAAGUACCAUUUUAUGGUGUUGUUUUAAUCAUCUUCAAAAAGAAUAAUGCUACCAUAAAUUUUUUCACAUGAGUACUGUUUGAUACUUCAAUAUAUUUUUGGAUAAAACUGAUUAAAAUUAUUUUGUAAUUAAGUUUGGUGUAUGUAUUCCUAUUCAAUACUGAUGCCAACACUGUAUAUAUUUUAUUUUCUUAUAACAGCAAAGGAGAAGCUGCAACUAUUUGUUUGGUUUUUUUUUUUAUUGGAUACUAUUCUUAUCUUUUCAUAUGUCAAGAUUGAAAUUUUAAUUAAAAAUUUUGAAGCUUUAAA